AUGGAUCAACUCCGAAAAGAGGCCCGUCGGGUUCUACAUCAAACUCCCUGGAAUCGCCCAACCACCUUGGAAUCCGCGUCCGCCCGCUUGACUCUGCCACAAUUGUGGACAAACGUCUCAUCCCAUGAGAACUCCACUCAUUUAGAUGCCUGUGAGAGUCUGUAUGCCGCGCUCAGCUUUGUCGAAACUGGCUAUGAUCCUCUGCUGCCAGUGCAGGAUAAUGCAGCGGAAGCCACGGCUAUCAAUGCUUUAUGUCAAUGGGCAAGCCAACUGGCCCUGCCGUCAUUGGAAUUUGCAACGAACUUCGAUGAGAAUCCAGAAAUCACCGAGGAAGACAAAAAUUCACAAGAGGAAAGCCGCCUCAAAUCGGAACUGGCGGCCCAAUUCAUCACCUUGAUGGGGGCAAAAGCCAUUCCGACUCUAGAUGACCGCUCUGUCGUCACUUCCCCGGCUGUCAUUGUCGCCAUGGCGAGCUUCACCUCCGAAAAGGAUCCCUGGACUACCAAGGCCAGCAACAACUGUGCCGAAAUACUUCUUAACAUGUCAUGCCAGAAUGAUCUCUGGUCGGUCAUCGAACGAGUGCUCAGAGAGAAAAUUAGGCCCCUCUUUACUAAGACCAAGAAUCCGGCCAUCACAAGUGAAGGCCGUAAAAAUCUCCAUCCAGUGCCUCGGACUCGCUUCGACGGGGGUGCUUUGGAUGACUCGACAAAGCCGUGGAAAACCACGGAUGUUUAUGCCCCUGCUGUACUCUCUUGGAUUAUUUGUCAGUACAAGCCCGCCCACAAAGCCAACCUCGAGGCACACUUCCCGCUCUUAGUGCCAGCCAUUCUAGCCCUGAUAGAUGAUAAUAACAUCAACUACAAAAUAAAGGGAUGCGACCUCCUCAGCCAGCUCCUCAAGCCCAUCCAAGAGAGUGGUUCCGAUAUCCUGCUUCGAACCAACCUGGUCUCGGUCUUCCAAGAAGCCAUCACAGCCUGCCUCCUCUCACUACCGAGCAUCACACCAGAAACAAGUUCUCUCAAACUGCUAGGAGCAGCUUAUCCUGCUCUCCUCGAUCUUUUAAAAGCGACCUACCAAUUCACCGCGAAGCAAGCGACCUCAAAGACAGACAAGAACACUCAAUCCUAUAUAACAAAUCUCACCAAAAUUCUUCGAUCAAACCUCAUCUCAUCCUUCCACCACAUCAGCUCAUCUACUCCCGCAUCCACAAAUGCACCUACCUCCUUCCCGCACCCCAGGCUAUCAACUUUUCUUCUCGGGUGGAUAUCAACAUUCAUCUCCGAACUGGGAAUCCACUCAACAAAAUACCUCCAAGACGUCAUCCCCAUCCUAUACACCACUCUCUCCAAUCCAUUCGGAACAGCCCACCCUCCACUCCUCUCCGCCGCAAUCGCAACGACCAAGACAACCAUCCUGUCCGCUCACCCCCGUAUAUGGAGAUGGCGCGGUGAAAUCCUGGGCGGUCUCGCGGCUUGCUGGCUGCACGUGGUCGAAGAACGGAAAGGGAAUGGGAAAACGCCCACCCCAGUGCUCGAUGGAUUAGCCCGUGGUCUACAGAGCACGGCCUUUGCUUUGAAAUAUACGCUGCAGAAUCCUGUGCCAAUCACGGGUGGGUCUCUGGAUCCGGAUCAGGUGGCUGUUAAGGAGGAGGUGCGCAGUGGGUUCCAGGCUCUGGUCGAUGCGGAUCCUGAGUUGGAGGGGCUUUUGUCUUUAGAUGUUGCCGAUAUCCAGUCUUAG